AGGGGGGGUGGAGUUACGACGUCACCGGAAGUUCCGUGUUGGUUCGUCGUCGGCAGCAGCCAAGAUGGCGGACGGGGAGGAGGUGACGCUGGACGGGCGUCCGUUGCAUCUGUUGCGCGUCGCCGAUUUAAAGGCGGCUCUGGAACGUCGAGGGUUGGCCAAGAGCGGCCAGAAAAGCGCGUUGGUCAAACGGCUGCGAGGGGCUCUGAUGCUGGAGAACCUCCAAAAACACUCAACCCCCCACGCCACCUUCCAACCCAAUUCGCAGAUUGGGGAGGAGAUGAGCCACAACAGCUUCAUCAAGCAGUACCUGGAGAAGCAGCAGGAGCUGCUGCGCCAGCGACGCGCCAGGGAGGCCAACCCCGACCCUUCGGGCCGCGGCUGUGAGGAUUCGGACGACGACAGCGGGAGGAGGAGGAGCGACAGGGGAAAACAGGGCCGCGGUUCCCGCAGCCGCCGUGUGUCGCGUCCCCCAUUGAAGGGGGGGGAUGAAGAGGAGGAGGAGGAAGAGGAGGAGGAUGAAGACGAGGAGGAAGAUGAGGAUGAGGACGAAGACGAAGGCAACAAGCCUGGCCCCUCGCUAACCACGCCCCCUCCCACCAACCCUCCCAUCCCAUUGGCUCAACCCCUGUCAAUCACACCGCAAGCCCCGCCUGCAGACGACCAAGCCCCGCCCCCUUCCACCGACCCUCCCAUCCCAUUGGCUGAACCCCUGUCAAUCACAGCCGAAGCCCCGCCCAUGGAAAUUGAAGCCCCGCCCGCUGCUCCUGAAGCCACGCCCCCUUCUACAGAAGCCCCGCCCACUGAGUUGGAGGCCACGCCCACCCACCCCCUGACUCCGCCCCCUGAGGUCCAAGCCACGCCCACCCCCAUGGAAACCACGCCCCCAUUGGCUGAAGCCACGCCCCAAGAAAUAGAAGCCGCGCCCCCAUUGGCUGAAGCCACGGCCCCAUUGGCUGAAGCCACGCCCACCAGCAGCGUUGCCACGCCCCCUCGUGAGCAAGCCCCGCCCCCUCCUUCACCCCCAGUCAUAAAGGGGGCAGAGCUUGAGGCCACGCCCACAGCCGAACAGCCAAUCACGUCCCUCCCAAGCACAGAGCCCGCCCCCGAGGGCGGAGCUACCCCCGAAGCCCCGCCCACAGAGGAAGCCCCGCCCCCUUCCCGAGCCCGCAGCCAAUCAUCUUCCUCCUCCUCGCCUGGCCCCGCCUCCUCCCGCGCAAGCUCCGCCUCCCCGCCACCGAGGGGGCGUGGCCAAAAGGAUGAGGAUGAGCAGCCAGAGCCGACCCCAGCAGAGACCCCCAAGCAGGAGCCGGCAGCAGCCAUGGAUGUGGGGCCGCCCCCCGAGCGCCCCCCGGACCCCGAGGCUCAGCCCAAAGCGUUCAGGAGGAAAAUCGCACUCGCCAAAGGGGCGGGGCCUACGGAUCCGGAGGCGGGGCCAACGCCGGGGGCGGGGCGUAAGAGGCGCUGGGGGAGCGUGAUGGGGGGGGCCGGGAGGAGAUCACUGAGCAUCAGCACCGACAGCUUAAAGGUGAGCGGAAACCACCCAAAAUGA